AUGGCCGGGCACUAUAUCUUCCUCCUGGGGCUGGUGCUGCCCCAGUUUCUCGUGGCUUUUGCCCGGAGGGAGCAGUGCAUCCACCCGGGAGAUCCUGCUGCCACGAGGAGGAUGAGAGCGCUCAGAGCUCUCUGCCCAUGCCUGAGUGCCCAGUCCAGACCUGCGCGUUCUGAGGACGCAGGCAGGGCAACGGGAACCGUCCCAGUGGUUGUCACUACCUUUGAGGCCGUUGGGACUUCUCUGCUAAAGCGGUUGCAAGACAAUGAGGGUGACCGAGUGCAGACAUACCGGGAGCUGGAGAGCGUCUUGCAGGGAGAUGACGGCCGUUUGACGAGCGGUGUCGUGAACCGCCUGCUAGCAGAGGCGUCCAGUGACAUGCGAGCAGCCCAGGGUGUGACAGGUGACAUGAGGACAGCCGCUAGCGAUGUCCUGGUGGCUCUGGCCCGCUCCCACUUCCACUUUGUCAUGCCCGAGCUCCAGAGCCACCUGAAGGCCAUGGGGAAGGUCCCUGAUGAGAUUGUGCUCCUCACCUUGGGCAAAAUGGCCCGCAGCUACGCCCCGCGGUGCAUCCCCUUUGUGAGAAUGACGCUGCUUGCCCUGCGCGCCACGCUGAGCCAGGUGGGGAGUGGCCGGAUGCUGCGCACCGUCUGCAGUGUUCUGGAGCAAUGGUCAAAAGGAGUCAACACGUACUUCUGCAACCGGGAGCAAUGCCCCUUCCCUUGCGAGGAGGUAGCACAGUUCUGUGAAGCCAUUUACCCGGUCUUCCGCUACGCGGCGGUACAUUGGCUGGACUGCAAGGAGGAGGAGGACAAGCAGGCUGUCCUCAGGGCUGUGGCUGCCAUGAUGGAGGUCCUUCUGCAUGAGGAGCAGUACCGUGAGCAUGCCUGGGAGCAUGUCCUCUGGCUCCUGCACCGGUAUCAGGAGGUCCGAGACACCUCCCGGGUCACUGAGAGCCUCAGCUAUGUCCUGGAGAUGCUGGAGGCAGUUCAGACCCCAAUACCACAGGGCACGGCUCUUGCCAUCAGCACCGCUGUGCACCGCCAGCUCUCUGAUGUGACCAAGGAGCCUGGCCUGGCCCAUAAGGCAGCACUGUCCCGCUGCAUCACGCUUCAGGCACGAAUGUGCCCCGAGGAGACGGUCAUGUUUCUACACUCCCAGCUGAGUGGUGGGACUGAGGCCGGUCGCGUGGCAGCCCUGGGCCUGCUGGGAGCACUGGCCCACUCUGACGCACCUGCAGUGAGAGAGAAGCUGCCCCAGGUGGUGGAGGCCAUGGGGUCAGUGUGCCAUGACCCCAGUGCCCAGGUGCGGAGGGCAGUUCUGGAGUUCAUCCGGGAGCUGCUCAGCUCCGGACCCCAGAGCUGCUGGGCAUGGGAUGUGGUGGGGCACAUCUUCAUCGAGUUCAGCCGGAGCUCGGGCAGACUGGUGGCAGGAGGCCUUUUUCCCUGGGAAACGCAGGAGGAUGGAGCUCUUCGAGCCCUGUGCAUGGACAUCCUGGGCUCUCUGGAUGUCUCUCUGAGAGGGAUGACCAAACUCCUGUGGCCGAGGCUGCUGCAGUACGUGCUGCCAGCCCAGUACAGUGGCAUGCUGAUCCCACUCUCCCGCUGUCUCCGAGCCCUAGUUGAGAGGUGGGAGAGAGCAGGGUGCAAGGAAGAAGAGGAGGAGCCUGAUGCCGUGGACUCCCAGGAGCAAGCCCGGCUGCCGGCUCCCCAGGCCCUGUUGGCUCGACUGCUGGUGGUGGUGGCGGCUCCUCACAAGAGUGCAGAACGUGCAGUCGCUGCCUUGCAGCUGCUGCAGGCCCUCCACCGCAGGAUCCACAGAGCCUUGGGGGCAGCGUGGGCGACUGAGAUCCCCCUCCUGCUGCAGUACCUGGAAGGAAAAACCGGGAACUGCCUGGACUCUGCAGAGUGGGAGCACCGUGUGCUCAAGUUCCUGCGAGCGUCGCUGGAGCCCAUCGAGGACAAGGCCUGGACUGUGGACCUGAGCCAGGAGCUGAGCCAGCAGCUGGGCAGCUCUGCCGCCGGCUCCUGGGAGAAGCUUUUCCUGUACAAGGCUCUUGGGACAGCGCUGGCAGCUUGUCGGGACCUCAGACACGUCCAAGGGCAGGUGCUGAGGUUCCUCCAGGAGACAAACCCCAUGGAGCUGUCUGAGGCCCAGGGAAUGAUUUCUGUUGUGUCCCACGCUGCCCAGAGCCACUUCCACCUGGUCUUGGAUGCGGUGAUGAUGUUCUCCACCGCCUCCACCAGAGACGGGUUCUCUCAGACUUCCAUGGGCUGGAAGGUACAGCAGCAGCAGCAGAUGGAGAGAGCCCAGGCCAUUCGCGCUGCUCUCAUGUGCACCUACAGCGGCAUUGCGCUGCGUGCCCCCAAGGAGCAGCUGCUCACCCGUGUGAAUGAAGAAAUCGUGGGCAACAUCCUGCAGCUCUCCAGUUGCUCUCUUUGGCCUCAGGACUUGCAGCUCAAGCUCGCCCUGGUGCAGAGCAUCACUGAGGUCAGCUGUGCCAUCCAGGCUGUGGACUGGAUAAAGGAGGAGCCCGGGGACUCCCUGGUAUAUGGAGUGUUCCAGGCCCUAGGGGAGUUGAGGAGAGGCAUGGAAGACCUGGGCCAUCUCAUCGAAACCCUUCUGGAGGCAGAGGAGACCUCUGCCGGCUUUGACGACGUGAUCCAUAGAGGACGUCCUUGCGAGCAGUUCGGCUCCCUGGUGGGACUGCUGGUGACUCUGACCAGCGACUGCCUGGCCAUGUCCUGCCGGAGGGCAUGGGUAUGCCUUGGCUACCUUCUCCAAAUGCAAGCCAAGACCAUGAAGGCGGUGUUUCAGGCAGAUGAGAUCAGGUGCCUGGCUGAGGAGCUGAACAGCCCGGACACUGAGAUUCCGGUGGAGACCUGGACCAAAAUAGCAAAGCAGAGCACCCACAGGCCCUUCCUGCUCCGGGCCCGCUUUCACCAGGAGCCCCUCAUCAGCAGUCUCCUCCAGAAGGGUCUGCCCAUGGACAGUGACACGGUGGAGCUGUGGAGGACCCUGGGGAGAAGCACCAUUGUGAUUCAGGUCCUGAGGUGCUUAGUGGAGAAACUAAACAGAGCAGGAAACAACCGCCUGUGGACUUGCUCUUGCACUUGUGAGCAGCACAGUCAUCAGACUGUUCUGGAGACUGUGAUGAUCACCCGUGCCAUCUCCGAGGUCGUGGUUGCCCUGAGGGACAUGGAGGAGUUCAGGCAGCUGCUUCCCCACCUCCUUCCCAGCCUCCUGAGGUGGGCCAGUGAAAUGCUGGACGAGGAGAGGCUGCUUUCCCCCCUGGGAGAAGGCUGGAGACAACUGUUCCUCGAGGGCCAGGUGCUUGAGGAGAAGCCCUGCAGGAUUUUCCUUUCAGCUAUAGAGUUGGUGCUAGGCAAAUGCAUGGCGCAGACGUGGAUGCAGCGGCUCAUGGAUCAGUCAGUGUGGGCUCGCCUGGAAGACGCCCUGGCUCACCCUGAGGGGGUGCGUCUCCUGACCAGCGUCCUGCUCCAGGCUGGGCUCGUCUCCCCCUGGCUGGUGAAGAACCUCUUGCCAUGGCUGGGUUCGUGCUCAGUUAAGCUGCGGGUGACAGCUACAGCCUUCUUUGCUGAGCUGCAGUUCACUGAUGUUGGACCUUCCUUUCGAGGGAAGGUGCAGGGCAGGAGCAAGGCGGAGAGCUGGAAGCCAGCGGUGAGGUGUGUCCAGGAGGUGAAAUGGGACAUCGCGGGUGCGCAGCCGCUCGGCUCCUGGGAGUCUCUGCAGGUGUUGUUGAGCAGCAACCUCGUCAGCUGUGAACAGGUGCUGGAGGCUUUUACUGGAAGAGCAGAAAUGGAUGGAGUGGAGCGAUUCAAGCCCGUCUUGGGUGGCCUGGAGAGUGGAACCUCGGUGGUGCUGAAGGUGGCCUGUAUGCAGCUGAGCAAUGCCAUGAUCUGUCCUGCUGGUGAACUUGACUUGGGAGUUCAGAUUCGUACUGAGCUGAUGCAUUCAGGACUUCAUCACAUCCCCAAGCCUCAGCUAUGUGAUUACGUGCUCUUCCUAGGGCGUUAUUCAAACCUGUGGGCAUAUUCUCAAUAUACCUGA